AUGGAGGAACAAGGUGGCAAAAAGCGCGGGUGGAAAAAGGGACGCAAGUUCACGCAGGCGCACCGGGACGCAAUCUCGCGCGCCAAGACCGGACAGAAGUACUCCGACGAGCACAAGAAGGCGAUCAGCGAGGGCCUCAAGGGCCGCAAGCACCGCCUGAUCACGCGAAUGAAGAUGUCACUGGCCAAGCGCGGCGUCGCGCAGCCCGCGUCCCCGAAACGCAGCGAGGGGCAGCGCGCGCGCUGGGCGGCGUGGCGCGCGGUCCGCGAGGCCGAGCAGGCCGCCGUCGCGCGCGCGCUCGCGUGCUCGGAGGAGUUCGAGCGCACCCGGACCCGCGUCGAUGACGAGCUGGCCAACCAAGGGCUGGUCCGGGAGGCGGCGGUGCAGGAGAUGGGCGCGCUGCGGCGGGACGUUUUCGCGUGGAUGACGCGCCGCGCGCGCGAGACGGGCGAGCAGCCGUCGCUCGAGGAGGUUCGGGAGGUCGCGCCGGACAUUCAUGGAAAAUUCAUUCGAUAUCUGGCGUUGAGAGACCUCGUGCGCGACACUUAG